AUGAAGAUCUGUGUGUUCCGGCUGCAGACUCAUCAGUGGUGCUUCCUGUUGUGUAACGUCAUCUUGUUUCACGCGUUGCUGUUUGGUGGUGACAUAGUGGAAGAGUUUCUCCUGCAGGCGUCUCCCGCUGCCUACACCGACCGCUUUGUCCUGGAGGUCCGGGAGCGUGCACGCAAACUGGACCUGACUGAGACCAGGCUCAACACUUCACAGCUCUACCCCAUUAACACUGAACCCUGCCUCCAUCAUCAGGACCUCCUCAUCCUCACGCUGGUCCUGAGUUCUCCUGGAAACUCGAGCCAGAGGGAGGCGGUGCGAAACUCCUGGGCCAAUCAGACGACAGUGCACCACGUUGCCAUGCGGACUUUGUUUUUCCUUGGCCCCUCCACUUUAAGGGUGGAGCUUGAGAGGAUGAGAGAGGAGUCUGUACGCUAUGGUGACAUUGUGCAGUUCGAGGGAGGUGUUUCCAGGGGUGACUGGCAGAGAGGACACUGGGAACAAGUUAAAAUGGCAUUUCGAUGGAUCCUACUUUUUUGUCCACAAGCACGAUUUAUCGUCCUUUCUGAGGAUUCUGUGUAUUUAAACCUUCCUGCGCUUACAUCAUACCUUCUAGGACUGAAAAUGCAUCCUGAAGAACUUUACCUAGGCAGGGUCAUCCAUCGAGCCCCACCUGAGCGGGACCCUGACAAACCGCAUUAUCUGCCCUAUCAAGUGUACCCUGAUAAGUACCUCCCAGACUACUGCUCUGGCCCGGCCUUUCUUCUAUCUCAAGAUGUUGUAAGGAAAGUUUAUGUCGCCGCUGAGGAUGUUUCGUUGCCCCUCCCCUCCGACGUUCUGGUUGGCCUGUGUACAAGACGGGCAGGUGUGGUGGCCACUCACAGCGCUCGGUUUUCUGGCGACCGACACAUUCGUUAUAACCCUUGCUGCUACAACUUCCUAUUCAGCUCUGCCAAAAUGGGUGUGGGGAUGAUGGGCGUGGCCUGGCGGGAUUUAGGGGCGGAGAAGGGGAGGAGCUGUGGCAUGUUGGAGACAUAUUACAGUUUGGUAGUGUGCAAAACAAUGACCUACCUGGAUAAACUUUCUUUUCUGAGUAACAACAAAUCACAGGGCUAGAACAGUUGGGGAUAGUUAUGAGUAUAAAUUCAAAUUCAACUGUUCUAUUAUUUAGUGCAUAAAGUGUUUCUGUUACUUUAAAAGGCCUCAAAUUUAAAGGGGUGGUUCGCAGUUUUUUUUUUCUUUCUAGGCUUGAUUGUGUUUAUGGAGUGCAGUCUAACAUGUGUUAAUGCUUCGUUGAAAAAAAAAACCGAAAUAUUUUUUACACAAUAUACCUUUAUUCCACACCACUCCGUCCCUUCUCUGAGAAACGCACUGAU